UACCCCGCCUGACACCCGCCAGACAGAAAGCGGGGUUCCCGGAUGGUGGGGGGGUUGGGCGCGGGCAGGAGCCCCGGAGGCCCAUCGGCUCAAUCGUGGGGUUCUGGCCCCCGGGUUGCCCGGGUGCGAGUGGCGGGCGGGGGUGUCCGCGCUCUAGGCUGGGGGGUCCCCGGGGCAGGUGCAUCGGGCUGGUCUCCGGGCUCCGAGCGCGGACUCCGGCGCCAUGGCUGAGGCGCGCCAGGCCGCGGGGUUCCCGUCCUCGCUGAGCCCGGACGGGGCGGACGUGCUGCUCAGCGCCCCGGUGCUGCGGGACAUCUGCCUCUCGGGGCUGCGCUCCUGGCAACGGCACCUCUCCAGGUUCUGGAAUGACUUCCUCACCGGCGUGUUCCCCGCCAGUCCCCUCAGCUGGCUGUUCCUCUUCGGUGCCAUCCAGCUUGCCUGGUUCCUCCAGCUGGAUCCUUCCCUGGGCCUGAUGGAGAAGAUCAAAGAGUCACUGCCAGACUGUGGUGGGCAGCACCACCGGCUACGGGGGCUCCUGGCAGCUGCGCUGUUUGCUUCGUGUCUGUGGGGAGCCCUGGUCUUCACGCUCCACGUGGCCCUGAGGCUGCUCCUGUCUUACCACGGCUGGAUCCUCGAGUCCCCCAGAGCCAUGUCCUCAGCCACCAAGACCUGGCUGGCCCUGGUCCGCAUCUUCUCGGGGCGCCACCCCGGGCUCUUCAGCUACCAGCGCUCCCUGCCUCGCCAGCCGGUGCCCUCGGUGCAGGACACGGUGCGCAAGUACCUGGAGUCUGUGCGGCCGGUGCUCUGCGACGAGGACUUCCGCGGGCUGUGCGGCCUGGCGCAGGACUUCCUGAGGCUGCAGGCGGCGCUGCUGCAGUGGCACCUGCGGCUCAAGUCCUGGUGGGCGUCCAAUUACGUCAGUGACUGGUGGGAGGAAUUCGUGUACCUGCGUUCCCGGAACUCACUGAUGGUGAACAGCAAUUAUUACAUGAUGGACUUCCUGUAUGUCACCCCCACACCCCUGCAAGCUGCCCGAGCGGGCAAUGCCGUGCACGCCCUCCUUCUGUACCGCCACCGCCUGAACCGUCAGGAGAUUCUGCCGACCCUGCUGAUGGGAAUGCGGCCCCUGUGCUCUGCGCAGUAUGAGAAGAUAUUCAACACCACGCGCAUCCCUGGGAUCCAGAAAGACCACAUCCACCACCUGAGUGACAGCCGCCACGUGGCUGUCCUGCACCGGGGCCGCUUCUUCCGCGUGGGGACCCACUCCCAGGGCGGCCUGCUCCCCCCGCGGGCCCUGGAGCAGCAGUUCCAGCGGAUCCUGGACGACCCCUCGCCCGCCAGCCCCCAGGAGGAGCACCUGGCCGCCCUGACCGCGGCCCCCAGGGACGUGUGGGCCCAGGCGCGGGGGGCCCUGAAGACGCAGGCGGAGGCCACGCUGGAAGCCGUGGAGGGCGCCGCGUUCUUCGUCUCCCUGGACUGCGAGCCCGCCGGGCUCAGCAAGGAGACCCCUGCCGCCUCCCUGGACGCCUACGCCCACGCCCUGCUGGCCGGCAGGGGUCACGACCGCUGGCUCGACAAGUCCUUCACCCUGAUCGUCUUCUCCAACGGGAAGCUGGGCCUCAGCGUGGAGCACUCGUGGGCAGACUGCCCCAUCUCAGGACACAUGUGGGAGAGGGUGAGGGAGGGACUCUGGCCACACUGUGCGCAGUUCACUCUGGCCACUGAGUGCUUUCAGCUGGGCUACGCUGCAGACGGUCACUGCAAGGGAGACCCGGAUCCCAUGCUGCCCCCGCCCCAGCGGCUACACUGGGACCUUCCAGAGAAGAUCCAUCGGUCCAUCUCUCUAGCCCUGAGUGGAGCCAGGACCUUGUCUGGAAACAUGGACUGCCACGUCUUCCCCUUCUCCCACUUUGGCAAGAGCUUCAUCAAACACUGCCACCUCUCCUCAGACAGCUUCAUCCAGGUGGCCUUGCAGCUGGCCCACUUCCGGGACAGGGGUCAGUUCUGCCUGACGUACGAGUCAGCCAUGACUCGCUUGUUCCUAGAAGGCCGGACAGAGACUGUGCGCUCCUGCACCAGGGAGGCCUGCAGCUUCGUGAGAGCCAUGGAGGACAAGGAGAAGACGGUUUCGCAGUGCCGCGCCCUGUUCCGCCUGGCUGUGGACAAGCACCAGACUCUGCUGAAGGCGGCCAUAAGUGGACAGGGGGUCGACCGCCACCUCUUCGCGCUCUACAUCGUGUCCCAGUUCCUAGGCCUGCAGUCGCCCUUCCUGGCCCAGGUUCACUCGGAGCAGUGGCAGCUGGCCACCAGCCAGAUCCCAGUUCAGCAACUGCACCUGUUUGACGUGCACAAUUUCCCCGACUAUGUUUCCUCCGGGGGCGGCUUCGCGCCGGCCGAUGACAACGGUUAUGGCGUGUCUUACAUCUUCAUGGGAGACGACCUCAUCACCUUCCACAUCUCCAGCAAAAAAUCAAGCACAAAAACGGAUUCGCACCGACUGGGGCAGCACAUCGAGGAGGCCCUGCUGGACGUGGCCUCCUUGUUCCAGAAGGGGCAGCGGAGUCUGGCUUGUGGCUUCCGAGGGCGAAGCGAGGACGACUCGGGGACGGGGUGUGGACCUCCGCCCGGCCUCCACAGCGGCUCCCCAGCAGCUGCCACACCCACCGGCUGUUGACCCCCCUCCAUGGGGAGCUGGCCUCCCCGGACACUUAGGUCUCUGUGGCUGGGCUGGUGCAGCGGGAGCAGCCCGAGUCUGGAAUUCCUCCCUCGGUCCAAUAAAGACGUGUGAGCGGGGUUUGUGUGCCGUGUAGCCGAGGUGGACGGCUGGCCGUACCAGCCACACUUCGGGAUAUUGCACAGGGCCCAGCAGCCAAGCAGGACCUUUCUCAGAACGUUAUUGAGUAAAAGUUGAUUUGCUAAAAUCA